AUGAGUGGAAGCAAGACAACUCUGGAGGAUCUGCCCAUUGUCAUCGGAGAAGAUAUAAAGUGUCUUCUCAGAUCCUUCUGGGACAAACUUCGAGCUCAGGACAUCACUGAGCAGGAGGCCAAGGCCAAGAUGGAGGACAUGUUCAUGGAUCUGAUCCGUGUGUCGGCCAAUGAGGUCCUCAGGGCGCUGGUGACCGGGAAGUGCCUUUAUGAGUGUUCCCCUGGUGAGGUGCAGGUGUCGCACACAGGAGUCAGAGCUUCUCUCAGCCCCAUCUUCAGAACCUUCCUGAAAACCAAGUCCACAGAUGAGUUCGUCGCCCUGGACCGAGUCAUCAAACUCCUCAGUGCAGAAGUGACUAAGACGGUCAACUCUGUGCUGAAGGACAACUGUGGCUUUGAGAGUCUGCUGCUGGUGGAGCAGAAGGACUGCUCCACAGCACGGAGCACUCUGCACCACAUCGCUGCUCAGGCUUCUAUGUUCCUGCCCCACAUGACCUUCUCCGACCAGUGGGACCGACUCAUACAGGCCGAGAUCUCCAAAGGUCUCACUGAGAGCCACCUGAAAACAGAGGUGCUGGAAGUGGAGACGUCCAUCGAAGCGACUGAAGAGUCAGAACAGGAGAGAGCGAGGACAGAGGUCAGUGAGAGAAACCCUUCCCCGGGUCGAGCUCAUGUCUCUGCAGAACCUCUGAUGGAGCAGAUGGAGGUGAAGCAGGAGGAGUGGGACAUUCUUUCAUUUGGAGAAGUCCUGAUGCAGAGACACUCCCCUGGGGUCCCCCACGAGGAGACCGAGACCCGUGAGGCCGAGACCCGUGAGGCCGAGACCCGUGAGGCCGAGACCCGUGAGACCGAGACCCGUGAGGCCGAGACCCGUGAGGCCGAGACCCGUGAGGCCGAGACCCGUGAGGCCGAGACCCGUGAGGCCGAGACCAAUGGGACCGAGACCCAUGAGACCGAGACCCAAACCCAUGAGACUGAGACCCAUGAAACUGAGACUCAUCAGACCGAGCAGACCUCGUCGUGUGAACCGCCACAGAACCAGGAACCAGCUCAGAGGUCUUUGACCAAACCAAAGAAGAAGAAGAAGAGAAAGCAGAGACCGGCCCAGGACCUGCAGAGUGGGCUUGAAGUUACCAAGACCCCGGUUGAAAGAUUUUCCAUGAGUGAUUCAGAAAAGUCUCCCCGUGUUGCUCCUGCACAGGUGACUUCAUCCAUCAGCGAGCCUCAGCAGGUGAAAACCAUCAGGUAUAACUCUGAUGCCCUGGUCCUGAUCCCAGACCAGACCUCACAGACUGAGGAGGACCAGACCCCAAUGAAGAGCAUCUCCAUGAGCGAGCGAGAAAGGUCUCCCAUAAAGACCAGAUACUCUCCCUCUGAAACCCCGCUCAGGCCUCUGCAGCUGGUCCCAGACCAGGUCCCAGACCAGGCCUCAGAUCUCAUCAGGAAGAACCAUGAGGUCUCCUCUCAGUGGGAGACCAGUCAGAUCCAGGAUCUAGCGUGGGGGGUGUCCAGACAUAUUCUCCAGGACAAAGACCUGUCUCCGACACAUCCUCUGGUGACAAAGCUGUCUCAGCGACUGGAGGAACAAAUGUGGGAGUGGAGGAUAAAGGAGAGUCCGGACUGCAUCAAAAGAAUCACUUGUGACGUUUACAAAGAGCUGUGCUCAGGAAACAAGAAGACAUGGGUCCACUUUGCUGCUUUGAUCCAAGAAGGUUUCAGCGACUGCAUCAUCUCAGAGAUCCACAACCGCCUGGUUGGACCCAAGAAGAAGAGGAGCAGACUGAGCUCCUUCUUCCACUCAGUCCACCACGCGCUGUGUAGAUACUGUUAA